CGCUCCCUCACAUCUGCUGUUUAAGCCCUCCGUCUGUGUCACUCGCCCUCUCGCCUACUAUGGCCACCGUCCUCAAAACGACUCCGUCCAGAGCUCCUCUCCCACCACGAUUAGCUGCCAAUUCAUUGAAUGGUUCGAGGCCGUUUUGCCUCUCGUUUAGGCCUAGAACCAUUGCCUGCAAACUUUCUCUAGUAAAUUCGCUACUCUUCGCCGGCGAAUCUUCUCUCCGGUUCGUGAAGUUCGUGCCUUUGGCUUCACAGGAAGGAAAAAUUGAAACUGCCGAAACCGAGGAGACGCUCCAAGAACCUGAAAUUGAGGAUACUUUAGAUGGUGCUGUUGGUUUGGAAGACAGCUCCAGUGAGGAGGAUACCACUGAAGAAAUACCUGCUUCAGCCAUCAUGGAUUCUCUUCAAUCCUACAAAGAAGCCCUGGCAAGUAAUGAUGAGGUGAAAGUUUCUGAGGUAGAGGCAUUUCUAAAAUCUCUUGAAGAUGAGAAAAUUGACCAAGAAAAGAAAGUGGCAGGAUUGUCAGAAGAAUUAUCAAUAGCAAAGGACAAAAUUCUGAGGAUUAGUGCGGACUUUGAUAAUUUUCGGAAGAGGACAGAGAGGGAUCGCCUUUCACUGGUUACAAAUGCCCAAGGAGAAGUUAUAGAGAACUUGUUAUCUGUUUUGGACAAUUUUGAAAGGGCUAAAACUCAGAUUAAGGUUGAGAAAGAGGGAGAAGAAAAGAUCAACAACAGUUAUCAGAGCAUAUACAAGCAAUUUGUAGAAAUUAUUGGCUCUCUUGGUGUUGUCUCUGUGGAGACAAUCGGGAAACCAUUUGAUCCAUUGUUGCAUGAAGCAAUUAUGCGGGAGGAAUCCACUGAAUAUGAAGAAGAUAUCAUAAUCGAAGAAUAUCGUAAAGGGUUCAAACUUGGUGACAGGCUUUUGCGCCCAUCAAUGGUCAAGGUUUCGGCUGGACCAGGGCCUGCAAAACCUGAGGAAGAAAGCCCUAUUGAACCUGAACAAGAAGUGCCACCAGAGGAUGAGGUGAUUGAUGAAAGUGAAAGUGUAGAACAGGGCAGCACAGAAGCAGGGUCCGCUUGAAGACACAAAUGUGCGAGCUGUAGUCACUUUUUGUAUAAGCAUAAGCUGUAUCACUAUCACCAUUACUGGAGUUUUGUUGGGAUGUAGUUGUAGAAGAAAUCUUAUAUUGCCUACAUGUUUUCUUGGUCUUUAUCUGUAACAGAGGGAUGAAUGAGGAGCAUUUGAGUAGGGCAUACCUAUUUUGGCGAGUGAUUUAACUGUAAAACUUCAGUGGAGUGCCUUUCACUGUUUUGAAUUUUCUUUUUUCCUUGUGGCAUAAAUUUUUUAGUUCAGACAUAAGAGUCAUUCUAUGAAAAAUAUCAUGUAUUUG